AUGGUGGACACUUGGGAGCCAGAUUCCAGGGUACAUCCCAGUCCAGGAGAGGGGAAACCUGAAACCUUUGACAUCCAGGGCCUUGAAUUGGGAAGGACCCGUGUUAAGAUUCUUGUCCGGUGUGCUGCUCCAUCUAGCAGCCAGAAUCUUGGAGCUGUGCGUCUGUCUUGUCAUUCCCCGUGUCUUUCAGUAGGGCGCUGUACCACUCCGAGCAAAGGAAUAAAGAAUCUGCCCCGAAGCCCAGCAGCCAUCCCAUCUCUGCCGUGUUGCCAGUCUGUGUCGGUGAAUCUUGCGUCUGAAGGCCAGUUCAACCUUAGGAGCAGGAAGAAGAGGAAAUUGCCCCGAAACAAUAUCUGUAGCUGCAGCAAAGCCUGCUGGCUGUAG